AACAAGGUGUGCAUGUUGAAUGUUAGUUGUGAUAUCCAUCUUCCACAUUAAAACUUAUUUAUUUUUUGCAAAAAAAGAUUGUACAAUCCGUCCAUCAUCACUAGUUCACUAUUAGUAGUUCUAGGGGAGAUUGUUAGGUGUGGUCUGGAGCUAGUUUUCUACUUAAUUUAGUGGCAGCCAUUAGAUGAAGGGUUUUAGAUGUGAUGCAUCAUGCCCACAACUCCACACAACCAAUAUUCCUUCUCAUGCACAAAUGGCAAAACACUAGCAAUUAGGGUGGAUCUAAACCUAGCUUAUCAGGAUCCGUUAAAUCAUCAGCUGAAGCACUGAUUCAGUUGAUACCACAAAAGUUAAGCCUAUCUUGAAUCUUGAUUCUUCGCAUCAUUUUUCUAUGUGUGAUACUAACAAGAAAAGUUCAGCCUGUCUCGAAUCUUGCUUCUUCUUCAUCUUUACUUAUUCGAGACACUACUAAAAAAUAUCGAAGAUCAGCCACUCUCCCGGCCAUAGCUAACUGUAUGAUUUUGGCCCCUACCAAAAGCAAAGAUUACAAAAGGAGGUGGCUAGAAUAGAACCUUUAGACAGAGAACAUAUAUUCUUCCCGAUUAGCCACAUCUCAUAGCGCGAUUCCUUUGCACCUCAAUUAAGCCUGCAAUACUGCGCCGACCACUCCCUCCUCUUUACCCGCCGCGGUCAUCUAUAAAUAAGCACCGUUGGGUCAUUACCAUCAUAAAACUCCAAGAACACAACAGCCUCUAGCUAGCUCACCUGAACUGAGCUAAUCAGAUCGAUCGAUCACAAAGCCCCAAGACACAAGAGCCUACAGCUAGCCACCAAUUCGCUCGAUCAACAAUGGCGGACAAAGUGAUGAAGCUGGCGUCGCAGCGGGCAGUGGUGAUCUUCGGGGCGAGCAACUGCUGCAUGUGCCACACGGUGAAGACGCUCUUCACGGAGCUGGGCGUGAGCUGGACUGUGCACGAGUUGGACAAGGACCCCCAAGGGAAGGAUGUCGAGAGGGUGCUUUCCAGCAUGGUCGGACGGAGCCCACCCGUGCCGGUGGUCUUCAUCGGCGGAAGGCUCAUUGGAUCCACUGACAAGGUCAUGACGCUGCACCUCGGCGGUCAGCUGGUGCCACUCCUCCGCCAGGCCGGCGCCCUUUGGCUCUGAAGAGUCAUGGACAGCAGUAGUGGCUGAUGCGUGCGUGCAGUUAUGUGUGAUCGUAACCUCGAAAUCGAGCUAAGCUAGUGAUCAUAUAGUGUGUGCAGUGCAGCUACAUAAUUUUGGAAAGGUCAUCAAACAUAUUAGUGGUCAUGAUCUUUCAGUUUUACUGCUUGUUGUCAUAUAACAGAACAAUGGAUGCUUUGUGAUGAGUAUCCUGAGCAAUAAUAAAGGAGCUUAUGCGUA